ACAAAGUGUAAACAAAAACAUUGAAAGUUAUCGCAUUUCCCAUCAAAAGUGCGUCGCAUUUUUGUUCUCGUUUCAGUUUCCGCGCAAAAUAAUGCUGUAAAAAGAUGCUCGCCUCUUUUCCGGAUUCCCGCUUCGUGGGUGGUCCCACGCUCAACACCCCCGCCGCCGCCGCCGCCGCCGCCAUCGGCACCGACUCCACUGGAUGUCCGGCGCGACGGAGUGCUUGGGUACGCGAGUACCGCGACCUGCAGGCCAACGUCAUGUCCGUCGACUGGACGGGCUCGUGGAUAUUGCUUGCCGGGAGGCGUCAGCUUGCGCUGCAAUCGAUCCGGGACUACGAGAUGGAGGGCGAGGGAGGGUGUCCUGCCGGGGGGUUGAGUAAGUUCCCGCGGCCGUGGAAGUACGAAGUCAGUGCGGCGGAGUGGGCGAUUUGUCAGAACAGCCAGGAGUACUGUGCGAUCGCGACGAGUCAGACGAUCGAGGUGGUGACCUGGAAGUCGGGUCAACCGACGAUUAAGCACUCGUUGAGGGCGCACACGCGGAUGAUUACGGACAUUGAUUGGCACUCAAAGGUUCCGCACCUGUUGGCGAGUUGCUCGAUCGAUACGUAUACGCAUCUGUGGGAUUUGCGGGAUCCGCGGAAGCCGGUUCUGUCGUUGAACGCGGUUUGCAUGUCCGGAGCUAGUCAGGUUGGUUUUAAUCGGGUUUCUGGGAACUUGGUGGCGACAGCUCAUGAUGGGGAUUUGAGGAUUUGGGAUCAGCGGAAGGGUUCUUGUCCGAUUCAGUACAUUACGGCGCACUUGUCACGGAUUCAUGGGAUAAACUGGAGUCACGAUCAUGAGACGAGUUUGUCGACGGCGAGUCAGGAUGGGACGGUCAAGUACUUUGACAUAAAUAACCCGAGGAGGGCGGAGAAGAUCAUCACGACUUCAUGUCCGGUGUGGCGAGCUCGUUACACGCCGUUUGCCGAUGGGUUGGUCACGAUCAGCGUGCCUCACCAGGGUCGUGGAGAGCACAGUCUGUUGAUGUGGAACAACUCCAAGCAGGAUUCUCCGAUCUGCUCCCUUACGGGUCAUACCGACGUCGUGCUGGACUUUGCCUGGCGUCGGAACAGCUUGAGUGUAGAUCCGGAGCUAAUCACGUGGUCUCGCGAUCAAACAAUCCGCAUCUGGCGAAUCGAUGAAGAUAUCCGGAAGCUCUGCGAACGCUAUCCUCCGGAAGAUGACGACGGACUCAUAAUUGAUGAAGGGACUUCAUUAUCUAAAGUCAGCUCGGGCGCCAGCAUGAAGAGUCCAACUCGCGAGAAGCAACCGUCGGUAUCGCUGCAGCACGAGUUCUCUCUGCUCAACCCGAACAUCCCUCACAUAGACAUCGAGGUGUUGGAUCCGGUCAAGCGAACCGCCACAGUGAGGAUCUCCGUCAGCGGGUACGUAGUCAUGCUGCAGGUCAACUUUCCGCAGCAAUACCCGAACAACGGCAUCGGUCCGGAGUUCACCUACUGCCAGGGAACCUCGCUGGAUGAUCAGCUUUCGAUCACCCUAAUGAAGACUCUCCGGAUGACCGCUAGUCAACGUGUAAAGAAAGGUCGCACCUGCCUCGAGCAAUGCCUGCGAGCUCUGGUAACCCAACUCAAGAAAUCCACCACCAGCGGAGACAAGCAUAUGCGACUACAGUCACCUCGCCUCGAAGGAGCCCUCAGCAGUGCUCUACACGACGCUUGCGUUCCUUUCCCGAAAACUUCCGGCGCUCGCUUCAGUCAGGUUGGCAUCCUGGUCACCUUCUCUCGACCCCUCAACACCAAACGAAUCAGCUUGAAGCACCAAAACACCACUCCAAGAGCGCUGUCCGCGAUCAGCGGAGGCUACCUCGGCAACGUAAUGGGCUCGCAACCGAUUCUGUACGCCCACCGGGAUCCUAGCGUGUCCUCGUUCUAUCUACACGAUCGGAAAUCCUCCCGCAACCGGGGCUCCACCCCGAAAGUGUGCGUCGCCACCGUCAACGUGUACGACAUCGCCAAGAUCCUGUACGUGAGCCGCGAGCUGGCCGAGAACUACAUCAUCAACACAUCGGACGUUGCGGGCAUGUGUCGGCACAACCGCGAGGUCGCGGAACGCUGCGGCGGCCGGCCCGACCUCGUCCAGUGCUGGUCGCUGGCGGAGAUGAUUGCGGCGCCCGCGACCUCCACGGUGGUGGCCGCCGAUUUCGAUACCGACGACGAUAUGCUGUGUGCGCAGAACCCGUUCGCCAAGAGUUUGCUCGAGUCGCUCAUCAAUCACUUUGCCCGGAUCUACGACAUCCAGACGGCGGCGAUGCUGUGCUGUGCGUUUGGCCGGCACUGUCCCUCGUUGUACGAGCUUUCGCGCAGUUCCAGCUCCAGCAGCAAGUCCGUGAACCAGAGCCACUUACUAAGUGGUCUGCGCAAAAUCAAGCCAAGUGGUUCCCCGUACCACACGAUCCUCCCGGUGGACAACACCAACAACUCGAACGCCGUCUGGACCCUGGCCCAGCAGCUCAAGCACCUCCGCAGCAACUCCUGGUCCGACUCGCUGGACGACUGCCGAAUCGCCGGCCUCGGAGACAUCAACCGCAGCCUGCUCGGCGACACCAAUCGCUACCAGUACGACAACUUCAAGCGGGCGUACGCCGAAAUGCUGUACCGCUGGGGUCUCCUGGUGACGCGCACCAAGGUCCUCAAGUACCUGUCGCACUACGUAGAUCCACCGCGCUGUGUGGAGUUCGUGACGGAGUGUCAGCACUGCUGCCGGAUCGGAUCGCCCGCUUGCUCCAGCUGCCGCAAACCGGUACUGUACUGUACCCUGUGCAGACUGCCGGUGCGAGGGGCGGCCAACGCGUGCCUGAACUGUGGCCACGGAGGACACACCGAGCACAUGCGGAUAUGGUUCGAAAAGCACGACGAGUGUGCCACCGGAUGUGGGUGUCACUGUUUGAGGCAGAGUUCGGCGUUGUGCAAUUUGAAUUAGGAGAUUUUUUCUUUUCAGAAUAAAGAUUAAGUUUUAUUCAAAUUAUA